CUACCUAUGACAAGAGUCAUAGAGUAUUGACAGGUAGAGGGUAUGUGUUAUUACUUGUUUUUGCUUUUCAAAUACACUUAAAAACUAAAUAUUUUGCAAACAAAAAGUAGAAUUUUUUUCUGACACCAUGCCAUGGUUCAAGAAUCUCAUCAAAAUUUCCACUACAAUUUCAAACCAAUCAUCAUCUUACAAAUCUAUAACCUCAUUAGCCUCACCUUCACUUACUCAAUUUCUACAAUUUACUAGACAAUAUUCUACUAAUCAUCAUGUUGCUAGUUUGGAACCAACAAAAAGUGACCAAAAACCAAGAAUUGUUGUGUUGGGGUCUGGAUGGGCAGGUUGUAGGCUAAUGAAAGACAUUGACACAAACAUUUAUGAUGUUGUAUGUGUGUCACCUAGGAACCAUAUGGUGUUCACCCCAUUAUUAGCAUCUACUUGUGUUGGCACUCUUGAGUUUAGGUCUGUUGCUGAACCUAUUGGAAGGAUUCAACCUGCUAUUUCAAGAGAACCAAGUUCUUAUUUCUUUCUUGCUAAUUGCAAUGGCAUUGAUUUUGAUAAUCAUAUGGUUCAAUGCCAAACUGUGACGGAGGGAAUUGAAACCUUGAAGCCAUGGAAUUUCAAUAUCUCAUAUGACAAGUUAGUCAUUGCAUCUGGAGCAGAAGCUUUGACAUUUGGAAUUAAGGGUGUAAACGAGCACGCUACAUUUCUUCGUGAAGUUUACCAUGCUCAGGAAAUACGGAGGAAACUACUUCUAAAUCUCAUGCUGUCUGAUGUCCCUGGAGUUAGUGAGGAAGAAAAGCGUCGACUAUUACACUGUGUUGUAGUUGGAGGUGGUCCAACAGGAGUUGAGUUCAGUGGCGAACUUAGUGACUUUAUCCUAAAGGAUGUUCAUCAAAGAUAUUCUCAUGUCAAAGACUACAUUCACGUCACGUUGAUUGAGGCAAAUGAGAUAUUGUCCUCCUUUGAUGAUCGUUUACGUGUAUAUGCAACCAAACAGUUGACUAAGUCAGGAGUUCGUCUUGUACGAGGCCUCGUCCAAGAUGUGCAACCGGAGAAGAUAAUUCUUAGUGAUGGCACAGAUGUCCCCUAUGGUCUGUUAGUGUGGUCUACUGGUGUUGGCCCUUCACCUUUUGUCAACUCACUUGAUAUACCAAAAGCUAAAGGGAGGAUCGGAAUUGAUGAAUGGUUACGCGUCCCAUCGGUACAAGAUGUAUGCUCAAUUGGUGAUUGCAGUGGUUUUCUUGAAAGUACUGGCAGACAAGUUCUUCCAGCUCUGGCCCAAGUUGCAGAGAGGCAGGGAAAAUAUUUGGCAAGUUUGUUGAACAAGGUGGGUAAAGCAGGUGGAGGGCAUGCCAAUUGUGCACAAAACAUUAACUUGGGAGAUCCAUUUAUCUACAAACAUUUGGGAAGCAUGGCUACUAUUGGAAGAUACAAGGCCCUUGUGGACCUUAGAGAGAGCAAGGAAGCAAAAGGUGUAUCUCUAGCAGGAUUCACAAGUUUUUUUGUUUGGCGUUCAGCAUAUUUGACUCGUGUAGUGAGUUGGAGGAACAAGUUUUAUGUUCUAAUUAACUGGUUGACAACCUUAGUAUUUGGUCGUGAUAUAAGUAGGAUAUAAGCCCCCCACCCCCCACUCCCCAAAAAAAGGAUGGUUCCUUGCGUGUUGCAUUGGAUUUUGUGCAAGCAGUAUCGGUCUAUUAUCACAAUUUAGAUUUGAGGUUGUAGAGAUCCAGGGGAUUUAUUUAAUGUCCCGGAAUGUUUUUAUGUUGUAUUGUUUUCAUAUAAUGACGGCGUAUUUGUAUAUACACACAUUAUUUACAUA